AGUUCCGGCUACGGCGGGCGUUGGGGCGAGCCGGGAAGUGGGAAUCGUUAGGUUCGUUCUGGACUUGCCGCCCCAUGGCCCAGGAGUCUCGCUCUGGUGGCCUUCUGCCUCCGCUCGCUACCGUUUCCCCGCUGUGGGCGCAACCCGGGGGUGCUCGGGAGGAGCAGUGGGAGGGAAGGCGGGCGGGCGCUCUUCGCAGGGAGGUUGGUGGCUGGCCAAGGCUACCGGUUGCCAGGAGCAUCCCCUGUCCGCACCCGCGGACCGGCGGAGCUCCGGGAGGGCAGGCGUGGUUGCUGGAGGACGUAGGCGAGGACCACGAGGCUGAUGCUGCUGAAUGGAGGGGAGAGCCCGCAGCGGGCAGCCCGAUCCCUCCCGUGCUAAGGCGUCUCCGGGCUGUGUUGCUGCGGCUGCACCACGAGCGAGAGCAGCUCCUCCAAGCCCGGGACUGCGCCCGCCUCCUGCAGACGGCCGUGCGCCUCCUAAGGACCCCGAGUCCCGGUUCACCGUCCUGCGGCCCUAGCUCUUUGCUCCAGCUGUGCUGCGACCUGCAGCUGCAGCCUCCCGGAGGGGCAGUCCUGCGAAUCGGCUUUCAGGAGACUCUGGAGCCGCUACUCCUGACGCGCCCCAUCGGACUAGCUGCCCAGCGCCUGGAUGCUGCUAUCGAGAUGCAGCUUCGCGUUCUGGGACGGGCGCCCGCCAGCCCACGCCUGUCGUCCCAACUCGCCGAGCUGCUGCUGGCACUUCCCGCCUACCACAGGCUGCAGAGAAAAGCCAUGAGCCAUGUCCCAGGGGCUGCGCGUCCUUUCCCCGCUGCCCGUGUGCUCCGCCUCUUGACAGGGGAGCGGGGUUGCCAGGCGGCAAGUCGGCUGGAUGAGGCGUUCAGGAGAUCGGGAUUGCGUGACCAGCUCCGCAGGUGGUGCCAUGAGGAGCGGGAGCUGCUACCAGGGCUGCUGGGCCUGGUGGGGGAAGUGGUGGGUUCAACCACCAGUAGCCUGGGGCUUGGAGGGGCUGGAGCCCUGUGGAGCCAAUAUUGGACCCUGCUGUGGGGAGCUUGCGCUCAGAGUCUGGACCUAAAUCUGGGACCCUGGAGGGACCUCAGGGCAGCAGCGCAACAGCUGAGUCAGGCACUGGGUCAGGCAUCCCUGCCUCAGGAGUGUGAGAAGGAGCUGACUUAUUUGUGUCACAGUCUACUUCAUCAGUCUCUUAUCUGGAGCUGGGACCAAGGUUUCUGCCAGGCCUUGGGAUCAGCUCGUGGGGAUCAGAGCAGCCUUCUCUCAUCCUCGUGUACUGCUGAACUUUUGCAACAGCUCUUUCCUCCUCUCUUGGAUGCCCUUCGAGAACCCAGGUCACGACUCAUUGUCUGUCAGUCUCCAGGUCCUGCACCCAUCGCCCUGGGGCUCUGUACUCUGCAGACUACCUUGCUCUGGUUGUCGGGCAGAGCUCAGCAGUACCUGGCAACAUGGGCCCCAGGUUCCUUCCUGCUCCUAAUCCAAAAGGACUUACCUCUUCUAUUGCAUGAGGCAGAAACUCUGUCUAGCCUGGCCUCAGAGGAAAGUUCAGCUCUGGAGGUGGAGCAGCAGCUGGGCCUGGAGAUCCAGAAGCUGACUGCACAGAUCCAGCUCCUGCCUGAAAAGUCACUAAGUCUCUUUUCUCAAGAAUGCCACAAACAAGCCAUACAUGGUUUCAAGAUCCACAUGCCCCGGGGUCGGUACUGGCGGCUUCGUCUCUGUCCCGAACUUCCCCGUGCUCCUAGUGAGUAUGCUGGAUUAGUGGUCCGCACCAUACUGGAGCCCGUGUUGCAGGGAUUGCAGGAAUUGCCACCUGAAUCCCAGGCCCCUGCCCUCAGUCACGCUCUGACGGCCAUCCUGGGUGCCUGGCUUGACCACAUCCUCACCCACAGGAUCCGGUUCAGCCUGCAGGGGGCACUACAGCUCAGACGAGACUUUGGAGUGGUCAGGGAGUUCCUGGAAGAAGAGCAGUGGGGCCUGUCCCCAGAUCUUCGCCAGACUCUGCUCAUGCUCAGCAUCUUCCAGCAGCUGGAUGGGGCCCUGCUGUGCCUGUUGCAGCAGCCCCUGCCCAAGUCUCAAGUCCACAGGAGGUCCCCCUGUUGCUGUGCUUGUAAUGAGGUCCAGACCAUGGAAUUUCCCAGCAGCAGCCUCAACAGCCUGGAGAACUUGGAGACGCCCCUCCAGCCUGGAACAUCCCCAGCACAGACAGCUCAGCUGCUAAGCACAUUGAGGAGAGGGGGACCUAACCCUGAGGUUUACCUGGUGGGAAAUCAGCAGGCAUGGCUUGCCCUGAGGCAGCAUCAGCGCCCCAGCUGGCACCUGCCUUUUCUUUCCUGCUUGGGGACCAGUCCUGAAUCCUAAGGAGCCUGGGACCAGGAGCCAGAAAGUCAGAACUCCCCCUCUAGCUGGGAAAGCCAGACAUUUAGAACUGCAUAUUAAAGAAUCCUAGAAUUAGGAGCUUGAAAGAAAGCAAACCUGAGAGCCACAAGUGACACAAA